UCUCUCUCUCUCUCUCCCCCCUUCCCCCAAUAGUCUUAUCUUGUCUACUUUCUUUUGGCUUCUCUUCCCUCCAUAUUUAGCAAUAACUAGGAAAAUCCUCAAGCCUAUUGUGUUUUCUGAACAUCAUACUCAGGCAAGUAGAGCCACCGAAGCUCGGGUAUAUGCACAAUUUCAUGCUUAUCUUAUUUCAAGUUCUUUCUGUGUUAGAUUCUUUCCUUUCUUAUUUUUUUAGUUACUGAUGUUGAAUGUUUUCCUCACACUUGCAUGUUCACAUUUAUUGGUUAUCUAUUCUGCUAAAUUCUUGUAGUUUAGUUGUUGGAUCUUGGGUUUCUUUCUCCCAAUUUUGGUUUCUUGCUUGAAGCUUUUUACUCAUCAUUUUGGGGUUUCUUUUUUUAAUUAUUUUUUUAGACUUCUUUGUGCUUUUUGGUGCUUAACAUACUUGAAAUAGAUGCUCGACGGUCUCUGUUGUAGGCGAACUUUUAAGUUCAUCUUUUUGAUGUCUGAGUUUGUGUUUGGUCAUUUUUCUGGGAAUUAGGGGAAAAGCUAUGUAUGUUUGGGUUUGUUAGCUCAGAUAUUUUUAAGGAUUAAACUCCUUAAUAUUGUUAAAAUUUUAGGAUAGGAAAGUGGAAAAUUAGUUUCUAUGGAAUCUCCCCGACUCUCUGUUGUGGCAUUUUUGGUGUGCUUUCCUCAUCUUUUCAUUGAGUUGAUUUCUCCAGCAAAAACUGAAUCUGGUGGAUAGCUUUGUGAAUAUGUUUCUAUUAAGGUGCUCCCCUAAUUCUCUCCUUCCCAUCCUUACCCGGCAUGCUAGAGAGAGGGUGAAAGCGUCUUCAAUGCACAAGACUCUCAUUUUUUGCAAGAGUUGGAAAUGGUUGUUUUUGUAUGCAGCCUUACCCGUACCCACCUUGUUGCUUUCAAUAAAUCUUUAGAUGAGGAUGGACAUCGAGGUGGAAAUUCAAGUAACUGGUCUUAGAAGUUCGAUCAAUCUCUCGGGUUUUUUUUUUUUUUUUUUUGGGUCAGGCAAAAGAAGGGGAAUUUGAGCUUCCAAUUUAGCUGUCCGGACCAAUAUGAAGCGUCCAAGUUUAAACUUAGAGUCCGAAGAGGACUCUGAAGUUAGCAGUCAAGUUGCAUCCAACAUAUCCAUCCAAGAAGUCGCCCCUGAUCCCUCCAAGGACGGCACCACUACUUCUUCCUGCCUCACAAACUCUGCAAAGGUUCAGCCCGAUGCAGAGCCGGUUUCCCUUGAUUUAAGCCUCAACUUUGAUCCCAACAACGUCGAUUUGAAGGACAUUGAAAAGGCAAAGGCCGGUGGCGAGUCAGCCUCUGUUCAUCCUCCCACAGCGAUGCCCCGAGUAUUCUCCUGCAACUACUGCAGGCGCAAGUUCUACAGCUCGCAAGCGUUGGGCGGCCACCAGAACGCGCACAAGAGGGAGAGGACAUUGGCAAAGCGGGCAAUGCAGAUGGGAAUGUUGUCCGAUAGGUACGCCAGCUUGGCGUCUCUUCCCCUACAUGGCUCUGCAUUUCGGUCGCUCGGGAUCGAAGCUCAUCACGCCUCCAUUCACCAGAGAAUCCUGCCAUCGGCCAGGCCUUUCCACGAGGCAAGAGGCGGUGGAGCGAGGUUCGAACAGAGCUGUUUCGGGCUGCCAAGCUUCGUGGAGGACGACGAGGCAGAGUUGUUCUGGCCUGGCAGCUUCAGGCAAAUCGGGGGGGAGGGAGGAGGCAGCAGUGGUGGCGGUUUCCGGUUCGAUUCAGGGCCGAGCUCGAACAUAAAUUUUGUAGCUAUGGCGCCAGGAGCAAGGAGGACAGAUUCUUCUUCUUCUGCUACACCCGAUCUGACUUUGAGGCUUUAACCUUAAAAUUCCUUUUUGCAACUCUGCUGUUUACAUGACUGGAAUUCUGCUCAAAAUUUUCUGGUAAACUUGUGACUCCAUUCAGUAUUCGCAUCGAUCUGUACAGCUAGAUAAGAAUUAGCAGUUGCAAUCAGCUUUCUAAAGUUCUUCCUUUGCUUU